AUGUUAAAUAAUAACAUUAGAGAAAUAGAAGAGGAAGAAUCACUACAGAAGAUAAGAAUUGUUUGUUAUAGGUAUUAGUCUUAAAAAUAUGGUGAUACUCUAUCUAAGAGUAAAACAAUAAAAAUAUAAGAGAUUAGAAAAAAUAAUAGAUAUAAAAAGAGUAAGAUCUAUAAAGUAUAAGAUAAAAUAAGAGGGAGAAAAUAAUUAGGUAGGAAAAAAUUCAAGAAUAAGAAUAGAUAGGAGUCAGAACGAACCAUAUCAAAUAGAUAGUUUAAAGAAGAAGCAUUAGAAGCUAGAAAUGAUUAGCUUAAGCGAUCUUUAGAAGUUAUAUUAUUUCAGAAAUCUGUAAUUCCCAAAUACUUGGUUAUGUAUGUGUUUAGGAGAUACUUCUUACUAUUGGAUAGAUUUAUAGAUGAGUGGCGGGCUCCAAACACAAAGUUUGUAAUGAAUUAUUCAGCAUAUGAUCUGAAAUAGUGGAUGGGAUAAAGAGAUAAAAUUAGAUAAACAAAAAGGUAGACAUAUAUUAUAGGGAAAUUGAAAUAAAAAGUAAAUUAGAAUUUGACUGGUAGACGAGGGAAAUAUCAUAAAAGAUACUAAGAUACAAAAUGUAGAAUAGAGGGUUAAGAUCAUUAUAGAGAAAAAAAAAGAAUAAUACAGGUAAAACAUUCAUAAGGAUGAUUUCUAGUACAAAAGCAAUCAAAUAUAAUAGCAAGAUUUAUAGUGGAGUACACACUAGACUUUGUGGUAUGUAAGACAUCAUUAGUUAAUACACAAAUUAAAAAUAUAAGGGGGUUAUUUAAUGUUUUUGGGAAUACAACAAAAAGAAUGCAGAGGAGUGUUUACAUUAGAGAG